CUUCACCGAUCUCCACACACAUGCACACACACAUACACACAAGCACACACACAUAUGGACAAGAACAGGUCGUCCACAAGCUCCUCGGCACGUCCAAGACAAGGUCAAAGCUCACGCAAGCGACCCCGUGAUGACGACGGCGGCUGCGAACAACCCCCACCCCCGGACAAGAAGUCGAAGCAUCUCGAAAACACGCCAUCCCAGGGCCGUACACACGCGUCCUCACAGGCUGCGGCGCGGGCGAGGCACCGUGCAAGAGAAAACGCUCGCAGAGCCAACGCCCACCUGGAAUCCGCCCGCAACUCCUACGCCCUGGCCAUGCAGAGGCUCGCGGCGACGGCUGCCGCCCUGAACGACUUCUCGGCCAUUCGUCUGUCACGAAGGCUUGCAGGACAACUUGCAAAGCAAAAUCGCAACCUCGAAGACCUGAAAACUGGCGCCCGCGUUAUCGACGACGCGCUCAACAGCACCGACCCGACCAUAACAGUCAGGAACGCCAGGAAGAUGAAAACAUUGGCCUCCCGUCUUGCCAAGAAAGCCGCCAAGGCCCUGGCUAAAGCGGGGGAGUGGACAACCAGCAAAAAGGCACAAGCAGCUAAGAAGGCCGCGCAGCGGGCCAGGGACAAGGCUCACACAGACAAGGCCGCCAGGGCCGCUGCCCGCAAACGUGUCGAGCGCGAGCGGAAAAGGUCGGCAAAGGGGCGCCUCUUCGCGCAACUGCGCCUCAAGAUCGAGUUCGUCAAAGAGGUACCCCUCGGCAACAGCUUCGACGAUGACGAGUACGUAUCCCGGGUCAUGGCAGCCGAACCAACACAAGAUGAUAUCCCAAGACUGACCCAGCGUGGAUCGGUGCCCUGGUGGCCCGAGUGGCACCCUGAACGACCCGACAUGGACCGUCUUCGGCUUCAUCUCCUCUACCCGGCAUUCCGAGAGAAAUGCCUACUCGACGGCAACGACUAUCUGCUGUCUCCGAUAGAGGUACCGCGCGACUCCUCGGACGACUAUUCCGACGACGACGACGACAGCAACCGUGCGUGCCCAUCACCGAUGACCCUGGUCCCGUCGUCGCAGGCAACAACCAACGAAGGCUUGACCCCCAUGGAUGUCGCCGGCACUGCCCCGCCCGAUCCUGCGGCAGAUGUCCUGCCGGCGUCCACCGGAGCCACCCAACUUGCACCGCCUCGUGCCGCACCUGCUCGCACCCCCAACCCGGCGCGCACCGCGCCCCAACCACCUCGGGACAGCCGGACCGGUCCGGCGUCGUUACCAGCGCCUGCAGCAUGGCCGACGAUGGCGGCCACUCGCAUCCGGGAUGAGGUCAUCGGCCGCGGCAUCACAAAGAGUCGGCGUCGUCGUGAUCGUCGUGGUCGUCCAAGGACUCAACCGCAACAAGGGCCAGGACUUGCGCAGCAAACCAGGGCCCCGCGACCAGGCGAGAUUGUUGUUGCUCCUGCGCCUGGUGCGACAAGGGCCGAGACCACCGCAACCGCGGCAAGUAGCGCGAGCGCAGCAAGCACCGCCGCCAUCGAAUGCGCCGCUGAUGCGAGCGACAUCGAGCCCGAAACCACGCUCGAGGCCGUGUUUGCUGCCGUUAUUGAGGACAUACAGGAGCGGGUCCGUGUCCGUACGAUGAUGGCUCUCCAGCGCCGCCAGGAGCAGGCAGGUCUCGACCUCGCCACGCGGCGCUGGCUAGAUGACCAAGAGGCCCAGUUGCGUGCCGAGCACUUAAGCGCCAAUCCUGCUGUGGACACACGCACCCUUGAUCAGGUGGUCGCGGUGGGCCUGCACGACGCAUGGUGGAACGACCUGCAUGGCGACGCGGUCGCCAUGCUUGGUGAGUGCUUUGCCAAGCUCGGCCUGGACAGUGUCCACCACACCCGGGCCCCUUGCCCGCCCAACUCCCCGGCCUCGGCCUUCCCCGACGCGCUCUCAAGAGAGGACGAGCAAGACCUAGUCAACAGUGCGGUGCAGGCCAUCACGGACGCCACCGACAGCGUUGCGUGUGCCGUCUGCUCGCGCUCGGUCGCAGCGUCCGACGUCGAGCUCAUCUCUCUCGCCAACCCUCCGCCGGCCUUUGUCGAGCGCCCAGACCGCACGCCAUGCUGGUCACGCAGACCGCCCCGUUCAGUCCGGAAGGGUCCCAAAUGUGGUCUUGUCAUGUACCAGAUGGUCCGCAAGCUCACAGUGCCCACUGCUGCCCAGCUGCCAGCUAGUUUGGUCAAUCACUACUCCAUUGCCGACGUCUGUCCCUACCUGUCCAAGGUCCUCCUCGACCCAGCCGGCCUCAGGCGCGCCCAACCCCAGCGUGAGGACGCGGACAGCGACGUCUUCAUGCCACAUGUGUAUAGGUCAAACGGAGGGACGCCGGACUUUGUCCUCCAGUGCUGCCGCUUCUGCUUCACAUCGCUGCUCUCCGAGCCAUCGCGUGCCAGCCAAAACACAGACCAGCCGCCACCACCCCCCCGCUUGGCCAUCGCCAACGGCCUGUGGCUUGGUCCGGUUCCUGAUCAGCUCUCUGGCUUGACCUAUUCGGAACGCGUAUUGAUCCAGCGAACGAUCGUGUUCCUGGCGACGACAACAGUGUACGCUCGCAUCGCCGCAGCUGCACACGCUGCCGAAGCCCCGCCGCCCAUCAUGGUUGAAGCCGUCAUCUCCAUCGCUCGCUCCCCACCUCGCGACUCAACCCGCGACCUUCUCCUUCGCCUUCCCGGCUCAAGCGCCACUUGCUACUACGACAUGCGUGUCCCGCUCGCCAUCGGAACUCCCGUCAUGUUCAUCGACAACAUCGCCACCUCCGCUGCCAUCUGCAACGGCACAACUGGUAUCGUCGUCGGCGUCGUCUUCCCUGACAACGUCACAUUCGUACACAAGAUCCUCUCUCGCUCCGUCCCCAACUCGGUCGUACGCAUCCCCAACACCCUUCCUGCUGUGGUCUACGUCGACGUUCCGUCCCUCCGUGGCCGCACCUCCCACCUACCAGGCGUCCCCGACACCUUCCCCACGUCCGUCGUCGCUGUCGUGCCCCGCGCCGCUUCUGGAUGCCGGCUCACCGUCCCCUCAGCCAACAGAACCGCACAUGCCCCAACCAAGAUCAACUUCUCCCUUCGCCAACUGCCCAUUGUCGCCGCUUUUGCCUCCACCGUCCACAAGGUCCAAGGCACUAGCCUCUCCGUCGCCAUCAUCCCCGCCUUUGCCGAGAAGACCAACUCACCCCACGCGACUCUCUCUGCUCAGGCUCUCUACGUCGCCAUGUCCAGAGCACGAACCAGCAGUGGCCUCAUCUUCUUCCAGUCGCCCACAUUCAACUAUCUCAACCGCCUCAAGUUGCCUGACAACCUCAAACGCGAGUUGCAGCGCACCACAGCCAACGACGUCGCCCCGCCACUCACCCAGUAGAGAGAUCCAGCAUCAAUGAACUCGCAACCUAUACCUG